UCUGGGCUCUUUGGUGAGUAUCGAUCCUCCAUCAGCUGACAGACCAUGAGCGGAAGAGGCAAAGGGGGCAAAGGACUCGGUAAAGGAGGAGCGAAGCGGCACCGGAAAGUCCUCCGCGAUAACAUCCAGGGCAUCACCAAACCCGCCAUCCGCCGCCUGGCUCGCCGCGGCGGAGUGAAGCGGAUCUCCGGUCUGAUCUACGAGGAGACCCGCGGCGUGCUGAAGGUGUUCCUGGAGAACGUGAUCCGUGACGCCGUCACGUACACCGAGCACGCCAAGAGGAAGACGGUGACCGCCAUGGAUGUGGUGUACGCGCUGAAGAGGCAGGGCCGCACCCUGUACGGCUUCGGGGGCUAGACCACCGGGAGUGACGUCACCGCCGAGACACAAACGGCUCUUUUAAGAGCCAACCACGUGGCUCAGAGACACUUCCUGGUUGUAUUCGGUGUUUAUAUGUUAGCAUGAAGCAGGUUAGCUUCUACUUUGAAAAAGGAGAAAACUCGUCAGAACUCGCCAACUUGUUUAUUCUUGGUUAAUUUCAGCAUGACAUCGGUUUGUUUUGUACACAUGAAGACACUGAGAUUUCCCGACUGACAUUGAACACACUAACGCUUCUAUCUACGGUUGCUUCAGCCAAUCGGGAGGCAGCUAAAUGUCCUCGCCAUCGUAAAGACUUCCAUGCUGUCAAGCUGCCGUUGACUUUUGGUGGUGCGUUCACUGACUGUUCCUUUAACUGCUCUUCAUCCAGUAUAGUCAUCUGAAGUACUUUGAGUAACUUUUAUAUAAUUAUUUUUAUAGGAACCUGAACAAAUUUCAAACACGAAAUAUUGUGGUUUCAGUGGACUUUCUAGAGGCGGUGCGGCAGCAGGUCCAGAGUUAUUAUUAUAUUUAAAAUCUUUUAGUUGUAAUGUUUCAGGAAAAACUAAUGAUUUUUCUCCUAACCUGACAGUGUUGCAACAUUUAGAUAUUAUAUAUUUGAAUAUUUCUGCUCAUGUAAUAUAACAAAGUUGUGUAGAAAUAAACUUUGUUUCUCUUUG